GAUAUCCAUAAUCCCAUUCAGCACUUAUUGGAGUUGGAGUUGUCAGGGGAGCAGGCCAAAAGAUAUAGAUUUAGACCUAGCUGAGUGUUCAGCCAAGAUCAGCGUAGCACGCCUCCACAGAACAGCUGUGUACUACUGAUUCACUGUUAUUAGACAGAUAGAGAGAGAGUGAGAGAGAGAGAGAGAGAGAGAGAGAGAGAGAAAGAGAGAGAGAAAGAGAGAGAGAGAGAACUGCAAAAGUAGUUGGACAGUUUCCCUUAACCGAGGAACAUCUUGAAGGCAUGGGCAACAGCAAGAGCAGUGCUUUGUCCAAGGAACUUCUGGAGGACCUAAAAAUGAACACCAAAUACUCAGAGGCCGAGCUGUCUGCCUGGUACACCACCUUCCUUAAGGAAUGCCCAAGUGGGCGUAUUUCCAAGGAGCAGUUUGAAGGCAUCUAUGCCAGCUUCUUUCCCAAUGCCGAUCCCACUGAGUAUGCACGGCAUGUUUUUCGCAGUUUUGACCUCAACGCAGACGGCAUGCUGGAUUUUAAGGAAUACAUCAUCGCGCUGCACCUCACGUCCUCUGGCAAAACCAUGCACAAACUCGAGUGGGCUUUUGCUCUGUACGACGUUGACGGUAAUGGAACCAUCAGCAAGAACGAGGUCCAAGACAUCGUCAAGGCAAUAUUUAAUAUGAUUCCUGUUGAGGAUCAGAAAAAACUUCCAGAGGACGAGAACACACCAGAAAAGCGUGCAGACAAAAUAUGGAAUUUUUUCCAAAAGAAAGAAAAUGACAAGAUUGCAGAAGGGGAGUUCAUACAAGGAGUGAUGGACAACAAAGACGUUUUGAGGCUGAUCCAGUUUGACGAGCCAAAGAAGAUUCAGGACAAACUGAAGGAGAAGCAGUAACGUUCAAGACCACAUUCCCAUGAGACUGUUCACAGCACAUUUCCUGUUUACACACUAACCUCUUAUGCCACCUAGACAUUCUUGGACUCUAGAGGACCUUUUGUUUGUCCACAGAGCAGAGUUAUGGCUCGGACCUGCACUGACCUGACUCAACCACGUUUCUCCUACAAGCCACUGCUAGCCAAUGUACAGGCAUACACGGCCUGAGCUGACCAGGUGUUUCUCGUCUUGAAGUUCAGUUUCUUGACCACUGAUGCCUCAUUCACAUUUACCUCCCAUUUGGUUACAGUGGCAAGUGGAAAGUAAGGCAAAGAGCUUCUGAUGAGAGGAAUUAGGCUCAUGUUAACAAUCCCUCUCGAGCGUAAUCAAUCCUCUUAAAAUCUGAAGGUCAGGUAGGGAAAUCCUCCAGGGCCAAGUGGUUCUCUUCAGGUCCCUUGUUCUCAGGGCUGUUCUGUGGACUUGGGUUCUCAGCAUUUAGGUACCAUCUACACUCGUUAAAUGUUGGAACUGAACUGUUUACAGGAUAAA